UAAAAAACAGUGAAAUUAUUCAAGAAAAUUUAACGCUACCUCCAGUAAUAUAAAAUUAAAAAAAGAAGAUUUGGUGAAGGCUUAUAACCUAAUAUUAAAGUGUCAAUACGAUAAACCUUUAUAUUUGAAUGUUGGAAUGGACGAUGAAAUGAAACAGAUUUUACAGACAUCCAAGAAGAUAGAAAAUGCUUCGAAAAAAGAAGGAUUAAGAGAAGGCAUUUCAGCAGGACGUGAUAGCAAUUUUCAAGAAAGUUUUGAUAGAGGCUUUGAAGAAGGCUUUAAAAACGGGUUUCUAUUGGGAAAAUACAAAGGAAUCUUAAUAGCAGAAUCAAAACUUAUGGCAUCAGAUGAAAAAACACAUGGUUUAUUAGAAAAUAUAAGUCUAGGCUCUUGCGAAAUCUGCAAAAAUCAAGAUUCUUUGAUAGAUGAAGAAAACAUAGAUAAUCUCACAGAAAUACAGAUUAAAUCUUUCAACAAAAAUGUUCAAACUUUGAUUUCUAAUUUUGGAGAAAAUAUACUGAGUGAUAUAAAAAAAUAAGUAAUUUGGAAAUAAAGAAAACACUAGAUGUUUAUUUAAAUGGUUUUGGUUUUUUAACUAUUAAAAAAUUACCUUUUAAUCACCAUGUAGUAGUACUUGAGGUCUAAGGUUGCCACCCGUAUUUUAUAAUAAAGUAAGAAAGGAUAUUUCAGUUAAAUAUACUCUAUACUUUAUGAGAACAAUAAAGUUUGCAAAAAUACUUUAUUUCGCAU